AUGGCGAUGGGGGAUACUGGAAUACCUUACUAUGAGAAUGAAGGCGGGAAGGAAGAUGAGAAAGAAGGUGCGAUGCCAACAUCCGAACCACCUCGUGGUUUCCUCGAACCUGAUUGUUUCCACGAACCUGAUUCCCGCAUGGAUCUUCAAUACUCAGAAUCAGACUUCUAUAUUCCUGAUGAUACUGAGCGUUUGACUCGCCCAACAAAGCAGCAAACAGUCAGGAAGAUUGAGGAGAUCGCAAGGAAGAUUGAUACGAAUCCGGAGACAACUCAAUAUCUUUUGAUCGUCAACCCGGACGAUACCCUACGUACCUACCUUCUAAACAACAGGAUCGGCGGAGUACGACUUACUUUCGACGAUUAUAACAUCCUACUAAGGAUCAUGCCUAGCCUACUAUACGAAGGCGUCGUUGGCGAUUUUUCUCUUUUAUUCGCGGAAGCAAUGACCGCCGUAGGUUUACCACGCAGUGGUAAUCGCUGGAGAGGGACUGCCGCCGCACAGAGAAAGGGGAUCUACUGCGAAAAGGAACCGGAUUUUAGUAUAGUCCCAUUCCAGUCUCUUUCCACUUGGCCAUCUCUUGUCGUUGAAGUCGGGAUGUCUCAAUCGCACCGUUCUCUCCGAAUGGAUGCCGAAUGGUGGUUCGAAAAUUCUAACAAAACCACUCGAUUGAUUUUGCUAUUCAAGAUCCAUAAGAACCCUUUUUGGGUAGAUAUCGAACUAUGGUCAGCUCCUUACAGUCCUCGACCAGGCCUACCUACACGCCAGAGCACAACUCUUGACCCAGACCAUCCUACACAGUUCAAGCCGGGUGAAGCACUACUAUCGGUUACGCAGGCGCUGCGAGUCACAAAGGGUGAAGUCACACUGGUCAAGGGUUCGAGUCUAGAUAUCAGCCUGAACUACGAGCAGCUUAUGCGGGAAGACCGACCAGCUGGACAAGCAGACGUCGUCAUUACGCAACGGAUACUGCAGAUGAUUUGUGAAGAAUUCCACUAA